CAGCUGCCUGCGAUGUUGUGCCGUCGUUCCCGCACGGUAAUGUCUGUCGCGUCCGGUGCCGGCACUGUAACGACGGCCCCGACCAUGAACAACUUACUACUACUACGGGCCGUAAUAAUAUUCCAUAUUAUUCUGUACGUUGUAUAUACGGUGCUGCCGACCGUGAGUUAUAACCACGGUUACAACAUUACCGGGUAGUGGGAGAAAUUCGGCCAUCUGCCGCCAGCCCACCGCGCCACUGCCGCCGCAGACUUGAGACCACCGUGCCGGGCACACUCGUCGGCGCUGUUGAACGGUCUCUUCGGGAAACCUUCUCCCAUUCCGAUCCGACUGCCGCGCCGAACGCAGCUCUCCACAUUCCGCCGUGCGCCUACGGCCGCUGUUCGCCGUUCUCUUACCGUAGUGUGUGUGCGUGUGUUAUGCCGUGUGCGUGGUGCUCGUCUGUGUAAUAUGUAAUAUCGUCUAAUACGAGAAAUUGUUAACAAUUUAAAAAAUAAUAUAAUACAUAGCUACGUGUAAAUAUCGUGUGCGCCGAGUUCGUGACGGUUUAUUCCCGUAAUUUGAUGCGAUAAUAUCGGAUUGUGUUGAAUUGAGUAUUGUUAUCGUAGUGUAUUUUUUUCCGCACAAUAAUGUAUGACUUAUUCUAUCAAACACCGUGGUUGUCCGGUCGGUAAUAUGAUAUAAUACAUAAAAGUAUAAAGGUACAUAGGUACCGCACAAUAAACAACAUUACCUAGGUAGGUAAAACUAUCUAGGUUACUAUCUAGUGUUAGUAGUUACUAAACGUCGCUCUCCGUCUUAAAAAUCAUUUACCCCGAAACGAUUUUUUAUGACGAACAAUCGCGAAUCGUUUUUAUUUCCCAAUGAGGAUACAUUCGAUUAAAAGUGAUGCAGUGGAGAUAUGGUCGACCAAGUUUCAGUGGACUUGUACGUGAGGACCACAUUUCAAGAUGCACAGGUCGCACGUAGACAAAUUGAAAAGGGCAAAGCUUCGGGACGUUUGUGUGCUGUGCGGUUUAGAGCUUGGGAGCAAAAGUGCUUGGAGCGAUUGGGCAGGUCAAUCCAUCGCAAAACUCAUGUAUUCUUUCUCCCACUGUUGUUGGGCCUCGGAGUUCUGUUGGCUGGAUUCAAAGCCUUCGAUAAGAACUCUCAAUUUGAUCAGUUAUGGGUUGAGUCGGGAGGCCGUCUGGAAACGGAAUUGCGUUAUUCAGAAUCGGCGCUUGGUGAAACGGAAAGCGUCGUACAUUUGUUGGUCACACAGACAGCCAAAGAGGCUACUUCUCCGGAAGUGCCUCAACAGCGGCUUCUUCAUAGAAAAGCGUUACUCGCUCACCUGCAGCUCCUUAAAGCCGCAUCUCACGUCACAGUCAACCUUUUUGACGUGACAUGGAGUCUUAAAGACAUUUGCGUGUCGCCAAGCCCUCCAGAUUUUGAAGUUCACUAUAUAGAUACUAUAUUUGAAAAUAUGAUGCCUUGCGAAAUAAUUACUCCUUUAGAUUGUUUUUGGGAAGGUUCCAAACUUUUGGGACCAGAAAAUCCUAUAACAGUCCCUGGUGUUGGAAAUGGUAUUAAAUGGACUAAUUUAAAUCCCCAAAGUUUAAUGAAAUCUAUUAAAACCAUGCCGGGAGAGUCCACUUUUCCAUUUGAUAUGCUUGAAGCUUAUAUGAAACGAGCAGGAAUCAAUUCAGGUUAUCAAGAGAAACUUUGCUUAGAUCCAGAAGAUCCUGACUGUCCUGAAACAGCCCCAAACAAAAAAACCAAAAAAAUCCCUGAUAUUGGAGCAGAAUUGGCCAAUGGUUGUCGUGGAUUUGCUAGUAAAUAUAUGCACUGGCCUAAAGAAUUGCUGUUAGGCGGUAUUACUCAAAAUAAAACAGGAUACAUCCAAAAUGCUGAAGCAUUGCAGUCUGUGUUUCAACUAAUGGGGGAAAAGGAGUUAUAUGAAUUUUGGCUACAAAGUUAUAAAGUAUUACAUUUUUCAUGGGAUCAAGAAAAGGCAGCUUUGGUACUCAAAAUGUGGCAAAAAAAAUUCAAUGAGGAAGUCAAAAAAGUGCUUAAAUCUGCAACAAUGAUUCCAUAUGAUUUUCAUACAUUUUCAACAAUGUUACUAAAAGACUUACUUAACCAAUUUAAUUUUUUGGACCCUAAAUUUAUUUAUAUUGGAUGUGCAAUAAUGCUACUUUAUGUUUCAUUUAUGCAAAUAAAUUUAUUCGACCCUGUCAGGUCUCAAUCAAUCAUUGGUCUGUUUAGUCUCCUGCUAAUUCUUUUAUCAAUUGCAUCUGGUAUUGCUUUCUGUUGUCUUAUUGGAAUUCAAAUACAUUCUGCUACUAUAGCUGUUGUUAUUUCAAUUGCAACAGCCCAGGGAGUAAAUAAUAUGUUUUUAUUGAUGUUCAGUUAUAAACGAGUAUCAAGUCAUGGAUUUGAUGAAGCUACUCAAAAAUAUAGUUGUCACGUCGGUAAAAAACAAGUAGGAAUGGUGCUGAAAUCUACUGGAACAAAUAUAAUAAUGACAUCUCUAAUCACCAUAGCAAUUUUUACUGUUGCUGCUGUUGUGCCAAUUCCUGCAUUACGAGCAUUUUGCCUGCAAGUCGCUAUAUUGACCAUGUUUGUUUUGGUUACCACACUAUUUGGUGUUACAUCUCUUAUAAGCUUUGAUGUGCGUAGAAGAAGAAGUGCAAGAAUUGAUAUAUUUUGUUGUUUUCCAUCUGAAGACUUACGAUGGCCAUUUUUUAACAAUAAUAAUAAUUCUCUCGGAACAGCAAGCACAAUUGAUGGACAAAUGCGUCAAUUUACUGAAAAACCUACUCUAGCAUCUUCAAAUUUAUUACUGAAAGAAUUCAAAGAUCCAAAUUCAGAUUGUGAGGACACUCCAAUAACAAAAAAAACAUAUCUUUGUAAUUGGAAGCCUAAAGAUAUUGCUCAAAAAUAUGUUCAGUAUUUGACAACCGGGGCAUGUCGUAUACGUGUAAUAUUAUUAUUCAUUGCGGUAUUGGGAAUUAGUGUGUGGGGAAUUACCAGAAUUCAAGCUGGGUUGACAUUACCUGAAAUGGUGCCCAAUGGUACUAAUGAGCAAAAGUUUCUUGGAACAUAUGGUCAGAUGUUUGGAUUUUAUAAUAUGCACGCAGUAACACGAGGUGAUUUUGAGUAUCCAACGAAUCAAAAGUUAUUGUAUGAAUAUCACGAUGCAUUCAUGCGUGUUCCUAACAUAUUAAAAAAUGAUAACGGUGGUUUACCUCAGAUGUGGCUUACAUUAUUCAAAGAAUGGCUAUUAGGAUUACAAAAAGCUUUUGAUAAAGAUUGGGCAAAAAAAUGCAUAAGUCAAGAAGGAUGGGAGUCAUGUGCUACUGAAAAUGGUAUUCUCGGUUAUAAGUUACUUGUCCAAACAGGCAACAGUGAUAAUCCGAUUGAUAAAUCAUUAGUUAUGAAUGCCAGGCUGGUCAAUGAAAAUGGCAUCAUUAAUGAAGAAACAUUUUAUAAUCUAUUGACUGCAUGGGUAUCUAAUGAUAUACUAGCAUAUGGUGCAUCUCAAGCUAAUAUCCGUCCAGAACCUCGUCGUUGGACACACGUAGCCAACGAUUUUGAUUUACAGAUCGUAAAAUCAUCUCCAAUAAUUUAUGCUCAAAUGCCCUUCUAUGCCAGUUAUUUGUACGAAACUUCUGUAAUAACAAAAUUUAUAUCUACAGUACGUGGCAUAUGUAAAAAUUUUGACGAGCGUGGACUGCCCAAUUAUCCAUCAGGCAUCCCUUUUGUUUAUUGGGAACAAUAUCAAGAACUCAAUCAGUAUUUAUUAGUGGCCAUGUCAUUUGCAUUUUUUUUUUUGUUUUUAAUCUGUGGUUUGUUCCUAUGCAAUAUCCAAGCCGCUCUUAUAACAUUAUUUAUGUCUGCUACACAAGUUAUUCAAAUUUUGGGUUUUAUGGGAUUUGCCUACAUAAAAUUCAGCGCCAUACCCGUUGUAUUAGUAAUUGGUACUUUAGGUACUGGCGCAGCGUUCACAAUACACCUUUGUUUGAGUUUUGUUACAAGUAUAGGCGAUAGACACAGACGAAUACAUCUUUCUGUAGAUCAUAUGUCUAAAAUCAUCCUUCAAUCUGGAGUUACGUUAGUUAUCGCUGUUAUAAUGCUUGUUUUCCAAAAUAAUUAUGUAUCAAGAUUAUAUUUUUUCAUAUUAAUUGCUAAUACGGUAUUUGGGUUAUUUAAUGGCCUUGUGUGUUUACCAGUAUUCUUAUUUAUGUAUGGACCACCACCAGAGAUAAAACCAUUGAAGUAUGCUGACCGUAUAAGCACACCAUCACCAGAACCAAUCAAAAAACGGGCUCGUUAUACCAGCAUCAGACAAUCAGUACCUCCACCGCCAUCUAAUCGAACUCAUCAUCAUCAACAGCAGAAUCAUCACAGACAUCAUCAACAACACCAAGGAAAUAGUUCGUCUCGAGCACAUGGUGGACUACAUUAUGUGCCUAGAGAUGGAUCAUUGUCCACCAUUGCUGAAGAAUCUGGUUCCUAUCAUUCUGCAUCUAUAGCUCAUAUGGAAAAGACCAAGUCACAAUCAUUAUCAAUAUCACCAUCUCUAUCAAGCCAAUCAGACUAUAGUACAGACAGUGGAUCUGAAAUUGAUGCACCACAACGAACUCAGUCUGUACCUACAGGAUUAACUCAGACUUCUGCACCAACCAGGUGCAUAGUGACAGCCAAAUUUGAACUUGAGCUCGACGGUAAUAUGAUGAGCGCAUCUGCACAACCUUGUGUGCAUAAAUCGUCAUCAAAACAUCAUCACAACAACCGUCAACCAAAAAGGCAUAAACGCCAUCAUAAUACUAGGUACUGAUAUAAUAGUGCAAUUUGUGUUGUUUUUUAAUUUUAAUUUUAACAAAUUGAUUAAUUAUUUUUGCUAGUAAAACGCUCAAUUCAUUGUAUAUUUUAGAUAUUUUAUAAUGACAAUUAUAAUUUGACUUUCAGAGUUAGUUAUGUGAUUGGGUAGCUCUCUUUGUAAGCUUAAAAGACUGAUGAAUAAUGAGUUUAGUCUUAAUUAAGACUUAUUGUUGAAUAACUACUUUUUAUGUUUUUUUUUAACCAAAAUUGUUUUGUAUGGUUUAAAUAUUAUUUUUAUUAUUAUAUAAUGUGUAGUUUUUAAGUUAAUUAAAUGAAGAAAAUCCUUCAUACUCCUUACACCUUAGAAAAAAUACUGUCCCGAUUUAAUUGUGUGUACCCCCCUAGUACAUUAUAAUCGCAACACGAUGCUCGGUUCAAAUUGUAUUUUGUUAAGAUUCAAAUAAUUCUAGUCAACUUAACAAAAAAUUGCAUUAUUUAUUUUGUUUUAAAAAAUAAGUUAAUGAUACAAUCAACAAAAACAACAAUUUACAAUUUAUCACUACGACAAUAAGAAACAACUAUUUUUUCUGUUUUCAAUAUAUAUAAUAUGUAUAUUUAUUAUAUAUGUACAAAUUGUUCCUAAUCGUUUUUAUUGCGUCAUCCGUUGAUUAAGAAUACAUAUAGAUUACUAAUAUUUGUAUACAUUCCUCGCAUGAUAUUUUAUACAAUUUAUUAAAUGUAUGACAACAAUUGUGUUAUGAUUUGUAAAAUGAUAUUGAUCAGUUGACUGAUGUACAUUAAUUAUUAAUCCUAGAUAAUUCAUAAAAGUAUCAUUCUUAAUGAAAUGAUUAUUUUUGAAACCACACAAUUCAUUGUUAAUUUUAUGUAGAAUAAUAUGAAUGAUUAUAAUAUGCAAACGUAUUGCAAUUUACAGUACAAAAUGCUCGUAGAAAAUAAUCUAAAAUAAUUUUUGUACCUUUUUUUUGGAUUUAUUUAUUUAUUUAUUUUAUUAUUAUUAUUAUUUUUUUUUUUUGUAUCAUAUGUAUUAUGUGAAAUUAAUUUAUUUUUGUAUUUAUUUUAAAUGUAAAAAUAUUGUAAAAAAAAACUUAGUUUAUAAAAUAUAACCAAAGGUUUAUUUAUAA